CAAUACAUAUAGCUGAAAGCAUGACAUGCCUUUUUUCUUUUCCAACUUAAUUUAUGAUUUACCUCGUCUAUCAUGUUGAUGCAGAUUUUAAGGCGUAUUUACGUUGGUUUGCGCCAGCCAUUCUGGAAUCUGGAAGCCUACUCAUUGGCCUUAUUGUUGCAUUGAGGACUUUGUUUGGGACUCCAUGUGUGUUAAUAUUUUUGGUCUACAAAUGGAGGAGGAGGAACUUAUCCAUGUACCAAGCCAUUGAGGAGUUCAUUCAGACUCACAAUAAGCUAAUGCCAAUUAGGUACUCUUACUCAAACAUUAAGAAGAUGACCAAAGGUUUCAAUGAAAAAUUGGGCGAGGGUGGCUAUGGUUCGGUAUACAAAGGAAAGUUACGAAGUGGCCAUUUGGUGGCUGUAAAAUUGAUGACCAAUUCCAAAUCUAAUGGACAAGAUUUCAUCAAUGAAGUUGCUACAAUUGGAAAGAUUCAUCAUGUUAAUGUGGUACAACUACUUGGAUUUUGUGUAGAGGGAUCAAAGCGGGCUCUUGUGUAUGACUUCAUGCCUAAUGGGUCACUUGACAAGUACAUAUUUCCUGAAAAAGAAGGAAAUAUCUCCUUGAGCUUUGAGAAAAUGUAUCAGAUUUCGCUAGGAGUGGCUCAUGGGAUUGAAUACUUACAUCGAGGCUGUGACAUGCAAAUACUACAUUUUGAUAUUAAACCUCACAACAUUCUGCUUGAUAAGAAUUUCACUCCAAAGGUUUCAGACUUUGGCUUAGCAAAAUCGUAUCCAGUCGAUCAUAGCAUUGUGUCUCUAACUGCAGCAAGAGGGACAAUGGGCUACAUGGCGCCAGAGCUGUUCUACAAAAACAUUGGAGGAGUCUCAUACAAAGCUGAUGUCUAUAGUUUUGGAAUGCUAUUGAUGGAAAUGGCAGGCAGAAGGAAGAACUUAAAUGUGUUUGCGGAGCAUUCUAGCCAAAUUUACUUCCCUUCGUGGGCUUAUGACCAGUUCAAUGAAGGAAAGAACAUAGAAAUGGGAGAUGCCACAGAAGAAGAACGGACACUUGCAAAAAAGAUGGUUAUAGUAGCCUUAUGGUGCAUACAGUUGAAGCCCAGCGAUCGUCCUUCAAUGCAAAAAGUUAUAGAGAUGCUUGAAGGAAAUGUUGACCUACUGCAGAUGCCUCCAAAGCCUUCUCUAACUCCUCAAGAGGUGCCAACUGAGGAUCACAAAAACAACACAAACACAACAGAAAUAUCAAUUACCAUCAGUUAGUGUGCUCUGUAUUGGGGAAAGAGGCAUUGCGGGCUACUCAAGAAAUUCGUAUGCCGAUGGAAGGCUUAAAGGGGGAAGAAAAGGAAGAGGUGGGAGCAAGUGUCAUAGUGUUUGGAGAGGGAGAGAGUUGAAGGGAAAGUUAGGUUUCAAAAGAAAGGGUGUCAGAGAGAAGACAGACAUAAAGUUCCUGUUUCGGGCAUGAAUGAGAAACAAAUAUGGGAUUUUGUAGUUGGGCAAGUCAUGGCCCUUACUUGAGAUUGGGCACUUUAAAUGUGGCGCCUUUUUUUUAUAUUUAAUAGGCAUCGAUAUUAAUAAAGGGUUAAUGCAAAAAGUGUCAAUAAUUUUGUUUCUUUUAGUUGUGCAUAAAAAGCAUUGUGACCAACAACUCAAAAACCUUGAUCUACAGGUUUGACUAAUGUUUGAUGCAUGUCCAACACUUGGGUUGGCUGAUAUGCUAUUUUAUCUUCUAAACUGUCAAUAAAAUGCUCAUUUCCUUUGCA